UGAAUAAUGAGUCUUUGUAUGACUGCAACUGCAAGUUUGUUAAGUCAACUGCUUAACAUGGACUUACAUAGUUCAUAGAGAAAGUGUGUUUGAACUGGCGUUAACUGAAUUCAAGGUAUCAUUUUGUACCUGACCCGCUGAAUUAAAAUAAAAAAAAUUAUAAUUUUGAAUCAGACAUAACGAGUCAGAUUCAGAUAUUAUAAAUCAGAUCUAGACGACUCAUAUCCUAGAACAAGUCUAUUCCCCCACAUGGCAGGGUACUGAUAUCCGUCGAAAUGUGAAUAAAUGAAGUGCCGAUUGUGCCUAACCUGAGGCCCUGGUCCAACCACAGAGUCGACAAGCAUGUCACUCGGGUCCAGUAAAUAUAAAAUGUAGACAGACAGACAUCCGUUACGCCGCGUCUAUGAUGUGCCACUACUAUUACGACCACUACAUUUAAUAUGAUUGUAUUCUUCCGAAAAAGCCCCAACUACCUUGGAAUCUCACACGCACUCUUUCUCGACUAAUAGAAAGACAGAGAAAUGAGAGCUGUUUUCUAGGGUUUUUAUUCUUCACUUCACUUCAUUUUUCAUGGGGAACUAGAACUACUUCAGUUCCACUUCCUCUAGGGUUUAUCAUCAUCAUCAUCUUCAUCAUUUCAGCUUCCCAUUCUCAUCUAUUCAUCACCUUUUUCAAGAAGAAUUUCUGAGUUUUUUUUUUCUUUUCUACAUUCCCCGAGAUCAAGGUUUUGAAAAUCAUUUUCUAGGGUUUGUUUUUUUCAUUUUCCCACUUUAAAUAUGAGUUAAUCUAAAUCUCUGUGUUUGUUUUAUCAACUUGCAAGUUGUUUUGGGGAUUUUUUUAAUUAGGGUUUUGAAAGUGUGUGUGUGGUGUGAUCUGUUGUUGAUCCUAGUGUUUCUGUGUGUAUUAGUGAGUGAGUGACAAUGUCUUGGGCUGAUGUAGCUGAUAACACUGCUGGAGGUGGUGGUGGUUCUAGACCUACUAGACCAUCAUAUGUUCCACCUCAUUUGAGAGGGCUUAACCCAUUAGCACAAGAGUUUCCACCUAUUCAAUCAGCUAAUGAUUCAUCUGGGGGGUCUUCCUUGAAUCCGUCUAGGAGUAGGGAGUUUGUUAGACCUAGAGGUGGUGGUAGUGGAGGAGGAGGAGGUAGAUGGGGUGCUGCUGGUGGUACUGGUGGGAGAAGGAACUAUGAGCCAAACCCAUUUGAGGUUGCUGAUAAAUUUGCUGAAUUAGGUGUUACUGAAGUUGAAGGAGGAGAGGAGGGUAAUGUUGGUCUUGGGGGUAUUAAUUUUGAUGCUUAUGAGGAUAUUCCUGUUGAAACUAGUGGAACUGAUGUGCCGCAGCAGGUGAAUACGUUUGCGGAGAUUGAUUUAGGGGAAGCUUUGAAUCAGAAUAUUAUGAGAUGCAAAUAUGUGAAGCCUACACCUGUUCAACGCCACGCAAUUCCAAUUGUUGCUGCUGGAAGGGAUUUAAUGGCUUGUGCACAAACUGGCUCUGGAAAAACUGCAGCAUUUUGUUUUCCUAUUAUCAGUGGGAUUAUGAAGAGGCUUCAAAUGCAGCAGAAUAUUCCCGGCCGUGGUAAUGGAAGAGUUGCUUAUCCUUAUGCUCUUAUUAUUUCUCCUACUAGAGAGUUGUCUUGCCAGAUACAUGAUGAAGCGAAAAAGUUCUCUUAUCUGACUGGUGUUAAAGUUGCUGUUGCAUAUGGUGGAGCACCGAUGCAUCAGCAGCUGCGUAAUUUGGAAAGAGGUGUUGACAUUCUUGUUGCCACUCCUGGUCGCUUGGUGGAUUUGAUUGAAAGAGCUAGAGUAUCUCUUAGCAUGAUAAGCUAUCUGGCGUUGGAUGAGGCUGACAGGAUGCUGGAUAUGGGCUUUGAGCCUCAGAUAAGGAAGAUAGUUCAGCAGAUGGACAUGCCUCCCCCUGGUGAGCGGCAGACGAUGCUCUUCAGUGCCACUUUUCCAGCUGAGAUACAGAGGCUGGCUUCUGAUUUUCUUUCGAACUAUAUUUUCCUAACCGUUGGAAGGGUUGGGUCUAGCACUGAACUAAUUGAGCAGAGGGUUGAAUAUGUUCUUGAUACGGACAAAAGAAGCUUCUUGAUGGAUCUUCUUCAUACCCAAAGAGAGAAUGGCACUUACGGAAAGCAAGCGUUGACUUUAGUUUUUGUGGAGACAAAGAGAGGAGCUGAUGCAUUGGAGCAUUGGCUGACGAUAAAUGGUUUUCCUGCAACAGCAAUACAUGGGGAUAAAGUUCAAAUGGAGCGAGAACAAGCUUUGAGAUCGUUCAAGACUGGUGCAACGCCAAUUAUGGUAGCGACAGAUGUUGCUGCACGAGGGCUUGACAUACCACAUGUUGCACAUGUCAUCAAUUUUGACCUGCCAAAAGACAUAGAUGAUUAUGUUCAUCGAAUAGGGCGUACUGGUCGUGCUGGCAAGUCAGGCAUUGCAACAGCUUUCUUCAAUGAAGGCAACCAGGGCAUCUCCAAAUCACUUUUAGAACUCCUGCAGGAAGGAAACCAGGCGGUUCCCACUUGGCUCAAUCAGUAUGCUGAAAGGGCCUCCUAUGGUGGUGGUGGUGGCAGGGGUCGUCGACAGGGCGGCGGUAGGUUUGGUGCCCAGGAUUACCGAAGAGAUCAACCUUCCAGAGGUGGAAGUAAUUACUAUGGUGGUGGAGGUGGAUAUGGUGGAGGUGGAAGUGGAUACGGUGGCGGAGGUGGAUAUGGUGGUGGUGGUGGUGGAUAUGGAAAUGAUGCAUAUGGUGGUGGGUCUGGUGCUAGCUCUGGUUAUUAUGCUGCUGCACCUGCACCUUCCUAUGGUGGUUAUAGUUAUGGGCAGCAGGAAUCUAUUGUCCCAAGCGGUUGGGAUUAAGGAAGUGAUCACUAUCUCUUGCUAGUUACCAUUCUACUCUAUCGAAAAAUCAGUUAUAUUAGUUUUAUGGUAUAUAUAGCGUAGUAUACUUCUCUAGCAAUGAAAGGAAAAAGACUAACUACAUAACUGAAAGAAGAAGACCUUGACAAUUGGUGGUGAUCUUCUUCAUUACCCUAUUUGAGGUGUUUCCCACCCAAUACAUAUAUAAACAUGUCUUUUGUUUUUUGGGUUUUAUAUCAGGGUUUCUUUUUGUUAGAGAGGGGAGAAGGAGGGGAUUGUUUUGGUUACCCUUAUAUCUCUCUCUCUCUGUUUUUUGACCUGAUCAAAGGCUUACAGGAAAAUUGGGUUCCCUAUUGAUAUUGUUCUCGGCAGCUAUUUAACUCAACUACUGUUUGUAGUCACUAAUGCUAAUUCUUCUUUCAGAAUCCAUUAAUGAAAAAACAGUUGGUUUUAUUAUCUAUUUA